AUGCCGAUUAAUUUAUCGACAAAGACUGUCGACAAUAGUUGUUUAAUAAGGUCUGUGGUUAAAACCAAACGCAAAAAUCGACUGAAAUGUGGUCAAUGCGACCGCUUUUUCAAAUAUAAAACAUCAUUAGAAAGUCAUGUGAAUAGAAAGCACAGGAAAUGUCAACCAUUCAAGUGUUAUAAAUGCAAUAAACAGUUCUUCACUAACAGUGCACUAAACAGUCAUUUGGGACUAAAACAUGGCAUCCGAUUGUUUGGUUGCGACAAAUGUCCGUUUAAAGGACUGACUAAAUAUAAACUUAUUAUACAUCAAACUAGACAUUCGACUGAUCGGCCAUUUGUCUGCAAUUACAAAGACUGCCACAAAUCGUUUAAAUGCAAAGAAGGCAUGAUUUCACAUCAGCUGAAAAGCUUGUCAGUGAAUAAUAAUAAUCAGUUAGAGUUAAAUAAAUCUCUAUCCGAAACACAACCCGUUAUUAGAGUCAAAUGUCCGCAAAAAAAGUCGACGAAUAAACAAAAUACUGAUCAAAUCAAAUGUCUUGAAUGCGAUCUGAUUUUUAUGUCAAAAGCAAGACUUGAGACACACAUAAACAGAUAUCACAAGAACUGGACGCCAAACAAAUGCCAGGAAUGCGGCAAAGAGUUUGUCGCUUAUGAAUCACUAAUCAAUCAUUUGGUAGCAAUUCAUGGYAUCGAUACUCAGAAACUAUUGUCAAAAAAUCAAUUGGUAAGAGUUGCAGAAAUAGUCGAUGAUAAMGAUGRCAGUGGUGGUGGUGACAAACAAGAGAUGGCUAACAGUCCAGAAGGAUGUGACAAUUUGAACGAUAAAACRGACAACAUUUCGGAUAACAAUACUGAUGUGGAUGACAGCAAUGUUGAUAAUSAAAUAGAGUUGAWAACACAACCCGUUGUAGUGAUUAGUCCGCAAAAAAUUCCGAAAUUGAAACCAAUAAUAACGAUCGUUUCAAAUGUGAUGAAUGCGACCGMUUUUUUCRGUCGAAGUUAUGGCUGGAGAGACACAAAAACAGAUAYCAUAAGAAUUGGACGCCAAUCCAGUGCCACAAAUGCCAGAAAAAAUUUGCCGCUAAUGAGUCACUACUUAAUCAUUUGGGACAAAAACAUCGCAUCCKAUCGUUUUUGCGAUAAAUGCCAAUACAAGACAAAGAAUAAACAUAAUCUUAUUYACCAUAAAGYCAKUCACUCKACUGAUCGGCCAUUUGUCUGCAACUAUAAGAACUGCGACAAAUCAUACAAAUUAAAACAUWMUUUGAYUAAMCACCAGAAAUUGUCGCAUUCAUCUGAGUYUCUAUUGAAUUACGAUAACUGCGACAACWMGUUCAAAGUCAAWGAGKCAAUGWUUGGACACCAGAAACGGAUGSACAAGAAUUAUCUGCCAUCGAUUGAUAAAGAAAUUGUAUCCAAACAAACAAAACCYACUGUUGUUUUAAGUGCACAGAAAAUACCGUUCAAAAGACAUACGAUGUCUUCGGYAGCGGCAAUGAAGAAGAAGAAAAAGAUGAUAAAUAAACAGUGGUUAUUGUGGAGGAAAAAGUUAAUGACGACUAAGAUUUUGAAGAAUACUAUAAYCAAYGACAAGGUGUCCACCAAAUCGAUGAGUACGGCUUUGUUAGUGCCAAUCAAACUGAUUCYUACUCACAAUAAGGCGGUUAUUACUGAUAUUAGCGAAUCGGUAAAAUCUGCURWUAUARCCGAUGAUGACAACGAUGGCAGUGACAAUCAAGAGAYGGCUAACAGUCCAACUGAAUGUAACAGAAGAUCUUUUGUCAAUUUUAACGAUCAAAUGGWCAGAAUUUUUGAUAACAAUAAGAUGGCAUUGGAUAUCAAUAUUGAUGUAGAGAACAGCAGUGUGAUAWCAAGUUUUAAUGAAUCAGAUUUGAAAAGACUUGCAUUAAAAACACAACCCGUUGUAGUCAUUAGUCCACUAAAAAUGCCGAUUAAAAUAUCAAARACUGUCGACAAUAGACAUCUGUUUGAUGUCAAAAGUAAAAGAAAAAAUCGUUUCAAAUGUGGUCAAUGCGACCGCUUUUUCUUAUAUAAGACAUCAUUUGAAAGUCAUGUGAAUAGACAGCACAGGAAAUGUCAACCAUUCAAGUGUUAUAAAUGCAAUAAACAGUUCUUCACCAAMACAUCACUAYUCUGUCAUUUGGGACUAAAACAUGGCAUCCGAUUGUUUGRUUGCGACAAAUGCCCGUUUAAAGGACAGACUAAAMGGUAUCUUAUUAUACAUAAAACUAGACAUUCAACUGAUCGGCCAUUUGUCUGCAAUUACAAUAACUGCUACAAGUCUUACAAAUUAAAAAAACAUUUGAUUGCACACCAGAAAUAUGUUCACUCAUCUGAUCGGCCAUUUUUGUGUAAUUACAAAGACUGUGACAAAUCUUUCAAACAAAAACCAGUUUUAAUUGGACACCAGAAAUAUGUUCACUCGUCUGAUCGGCCGUUUGUAUGCAAUUACGUUGACUGCAAUAAAUUGUUUAAACAGAAAGCAACUAUGAUUAGACACCAGAAUUAUUUUCAUUCAACCAAUCAGACAUUUGUCUGUAAUUACAUUGAUUGCAACAAAUCGUUCAAAUGGUCUCAUAGUUUGUAUAAACACCAGAAACAGUUUCACGGAAAAAAAUUUUUCAACAAACAGUUCAAUUCGAUUGCAUCCAAAUGA